AUGAACAACACAGCUGGAUCCUACGCGCUCGUCGGAGCUAAGGUUCCAUCUGAUUCGACCAUCGCGAAGAAGCUCAGAGAGGCAGGUGCCAUCAUCCUGGGGAAGACUAAUCCCAGCGAAUGGGGCAGCUUUAGGAUAGCAUGGGACUCGAGUAACGGCUGGUCAGCGUAUGGCGGACAGACAUACGGAGCCUUCUACCCUCAUCAAGAUCCGUCUGGUAGUUCCAGUGGAAGUGCCGUUGCAGCUUCCGAGCGCAUGGACACCAUCGGCCCCCUAACAAAAACCGUCAAAGACUCCGCCUACGUCCUCCAAAGCAUCGUAGGCACCGACGUAUACGACAACUACACCUCUGCCAUUCCAGAUAACGUCGACAAAGACUUCGUCGGCGCCUGCAAACGCUCCGCGCUCAAAGGCGCACGACUAGGCGUACCUCGCAACGUCAUCAGCCUCAUGUCGGACAACACAACAGACUCCAUGAUUGCAGCCUUCAACUCCACCCUAGACAUCCUCCGCUCAUCCGGCGCCAAAAUCCUAGAAACCGACUUCCCAGCCGCCCAAGCCUUCCUAAACGACACUCUCCUAGCCCUACAAAUCAUGUCCGCCGAUUUCGUCGUAAACAUCGAAUCCUACCUCAACCAACUAACCCACAACCCGCACAACAUCUCCACCCUCCUCGAGCUCCGCGCCUGGACACGCCAAAGCCCACUAGAAAGCUACCCAGCCAAAUCAACCGGAGUCUGGGAUUUCGCGCUGCAGAAUUGGAACAACACGACUCCAGAAUUCUGGCAGGCGUACCAAAAAGGUCUGUACUAUGACAACGAAGGAGGACUGCUUGGAACGAUAAAACGGCACGGUCUUGAUGCUGUUGUUUUGCCGUCGAAGUUCGCGUGGUCCUUUGCUGCUGUUGCUGAGACACCGGUUGUGAGUAUACCGAUGGGGGCUAUGGGGGAUGAGCAGCCGGUUGUGACUGAUCCGGAUGGGUUGGUGGGGUCGGCGCCGGGUAUUCCGUUUGGGUUUAGUUUUUUGGGGGAGAAGUGGAGGGAUGCGAAGAUUGUUGGGCUGGCGUAUGCGAUGGAGCAGAGGACGCGCGUGAGGGGGGAAGUGAAGCCGGUUGUUAGGCCGCGGACUGAGCUGAGAGAUGUUGUUGGGAGGAAAUAG